CCCAGCACACACAUCCAACUUCCCUUUCUCUCUGUGGACAGGACGGUGGUAGCGGCCCAGCAGCUGGACGGCAGCGACCCCUCAGGGUGGGAGCCAGUUCUCGGAAGAGACUGGGCACAGGACAUGGAUUGCUGGGGGGCCUUUUUCCUCUGCCUAUGCUUCAUGACUUCUCAGAGUGAGACAAUGGAGACAUCCCAAGAACCCCUGCUCUGGAUGGAGAAACUGGAGGUGAUGUCCACAAGCCGCAACUCGACUUCUCUUGCUGACCAGCAGAGAAAAGCCAGAAAAGGCUUCCCGAAGGAGGUGUCAACAAAGCUGCACCAGAAAGAGAGCCUCAUCCGGGGCCUGGAGUACAGGCUGUUGAACGCCAGCUUCGGGGGCAGCAACUUGACCUUGCAGACGCCCACCAUCCAGUCACUGAUCUUCAAGCUGGGCUGCAACUUCGCAGGCCUGUCACUGAGCAGCACCACCUUGGAGCGGGUCCCCCAGGUCUCACAUGCCAUGCAGUUCCCGGCCGAGCUGACCCAGGACGCCUGCAGGACCCCCCCCAGGGAGCUGCGUCUCAUCUGCGUCUACUUCUUCACGGACUACUUUUUCCAGAAUAUCAACUCAUCUCUGCUCAAUAACUAUGUCUUGGGAGCCCAGCUGGGUCAUGGACACGUGAGCAACCUCAGUGAGCCGAUCAACAUCAGCUUCUGGCACAACCAAAGCCUGGAAGGCUACACGGUGACCUGUGUCUUCUGGAAGGAAGGAGCCAGCGAACACUACUGGGGGCUCUGGAGCCCCGAGGGCUGUCGCACAGAGAAGCCCUCACCUUCCCAGGUGCUCUGCCGCUGCAAUCACCUCAGCUACUUUGCUGUUCUCAUGCAACUGUCCCUAGCCCCAGUCCCAGUAGAGCUGCUGGCGCCUCUCACGUACAUCUCCCUGGUGGGCUGUAGCAUCUCCAUCGUGGCCUCACUUCUCACUACCCUGCUGCACUGCCAAGCCAGGAAGCAGGGUGACUCCAUAACACGCAUCCACAUGAACCUGCAUGCCUCCGUGCUGCUCCUGAAUGUCGCCUUCCUGCUGAGUUCUGAGCUGGCCAUGCCCCCCGAGUCCGGGGCAGCAUGCACAGCGCUGGCCGCCAUCCUGCACUUUGCUCUGCUCAGCUGCCUCACCUGGAUGGCCAUCGAAGGCUUCAACCUCUACCUCCUCCUUGGGCGCGUCUACAACAUCUACAUCCGCCGAUACUUGCUCAAGCUCUGUGCGGUGGGCUGGGGAGUCCCGGCCCUCCUGGUGCUGUUCCUUCUUGUUGUCAAGAGCUCAGUGUAUGGACCCCACACAAUUCCACUCUCCGACAGCCAGGGAAAUGGCACGGGCUUCCGGAACAUGUCCAUGUUUCUUCCUCUUCCUGUGGUUCUGCUCCCACAGGUGCCGCUCCGAGGCAGAGGUGGAGGCAGAGAUGGAGGCGUUCAGCUCCUCCCAGACGAUGCAGUAGGCUGGGCCUCCUCGCCCAGAAGCUGUGGCCUCUCAGGCCGCCUGCAGCCCGAGACUCCGGCCUCCCCCAGAGAAGGUGACAGGCCAGAUGCUGGGCACCAGAGGCCACUGCGGCCUCCAGGGAGGCUUCUCAACCUCCACGGCUUCCCCAGGCCCAGAGCGCUGGGUGUUGCUCUGCCUCCCCUCGCUUCCUGGGGAUAGGAGGGCAGAGCCUCUUUCCCCUCCACCUGAGCCAGCUGGGCCCGGGGCCUGGCCAUAUGAUAAUUGGGUAGGUUUGAAUUGCCCCUGGUAGGUGUGAGGGUAUGGAGUCCAAACCCAAGCUCAGGCUCCCGUUGUAGAGAAUCACCAUCGCCCUUGACCUCUCUGUCCGGUCCAGAGGGAGAAGGCUCCUGAAGCCAACUCCAUUCCCAGGCUGCACACCAGGGGGAGCUCUGGGCCCGUGCUCGGAAGUCAUUGGCUCCCAAAUCCGAUCUGGAAAUACUGUCACCUGUCCGGGGACGUGACACCAGAUGGAGGGGCCCUGCUUCCAGGACUGCUCCUGCUGAGUGACUGAAGAGAGGAUUCCCGCCCUGUUUACACAGCCACUUCUCUCUUCCCGACGCAGCUGUUCGCUCUGGCUCUUGGGGUCUUGGGCAUAUGGGGCACUAGAAUGGGUGGGCGCAGGGAGGCUCUCGGGGCCCCGCUCCAGGCCGCCAGACAGGUAAUAAUGACUUUGGAUGGCACGGUGAGGGUACUGGAGCCGGAUUCCUUUUCUCCUGGGGGGAUCCUCUGCCCUCUGUUCAUUCCCUGAUGCAAAGAGCCCUUUGCCCGCUGGUGAGGGCCGGAGGCUCUGGAGCUGGGCUGCCUGGGCUCAAAUGGCCUUGCCACUUGCUAGCUAUGUGACUGUGGACAAGCCACUCAAGCCUUCUGUGCCUUAGUCUUCCCAUCUGUAAAAUAGGGGCAGUCGUGGUGCCUAUUUUGAAGACGAAAAAAAGAAUCCAUAGAAAGAGGCUUAGCAAGUAGAAAGUGCUCAAUAAAUAAUUAUUAUUGUUAUCAUUCA